GGGAGCCCAAACAAUGCUACUAGCACACCGUCUGCUAUUCACUUCCAUUUUCUUAUCACCGUCUUCUUCUUCUCCCUCUCUAAAACCCCAACCUCUCACCCUCACCUUCUCAAACCCAACCCAUGCAAAACCCACCCGCCAUGUCUCCCCAGCCUCGAAAACCACACCCAUCAUGGAGAAGGACCGGUCCGUCCUGUUCGUCCCGCCCGGUGUCGACCCGGAUGAGGUGACCCCGGACAUGGUCCUACCCGGCUCCAACAUCGUUAUCGGACCCUACGCCGGCGACGCCAAGAUUAAGGAGGUGGUGUUUGUCAAGAGCAGUAGUAGAGCUAAGGACUGCCCCAAACAUGACCGGCCCGAAUUCGCUAUAUUGGGCCGGUCCAAUGUGGGCAAGUCCUCGCUUAUCAAUGCCUUGGUUAAGAAGAAGGAUGUUGCUCUCACGUCUAAGAAGCCAGGGAAGACUAAGUUGAUCAAUCAUUUCUUGGUGAACAAAAGUUGGUACUUUGUGGAUUUGCCUGGUUAUGGGUUUGCUAAAGCUCCAGAAGCUGCUCGGAUGGAUUGGUCGGCAUUCACUAAAGGUUUCUUCUUGAACAGAGAUAAUCUCGUUGCUGUUCUACUUCUUGUUGAUGCUAGUGUUCCACCUCAGAGGAUUGACCUAGACUGUGCCAAUUGGCUUGGACGAAAUAAUAUACCCAUGACUUUUGUCUUCACAAAGUGUGACAAAAUGAAAGGGGGCAAAGGUAAGAGGCCUGAUGAGAACCUCAGGGAUUUUAAGCAGUUCAUCGCAGAAAACUACAAGCAGCAUCCCCCAUGGAUCAUGACUAGCAGUGUAACUGGUUUGGGCAGGGAUGAACUUCUGCUUCACAUGUCACAGCUUAGAAACUACUGGGAUCAAUAGUCUGUAUUAUAUCAUAAUUCUUGCUGAUUCCUCAACCACAGAGGGAGAAACUUGGUUGCUUAGAACUAGCUACUUCAACUCUGUUGCCCAUAGUUUUUUUAGUGAGAUUUUUUAUCUUUCUGCUAACAGUUUAUACUACUGAUUACAAUAAAUCCAAAUGUGAUUCAGAUCUGUAAUUUUUGCUGUAUAUAUAGAUAAACGAUGUUUGUACGUUGUAGGUUA